AUGACCUAUUGGCAACCAGCAUAUGACCCAACACUGGGCCUCUUCCCCGACCUUUGGUUCGAGGACAACCGCACACUGUGGGACCAACGCCAUGAAUGGAACAUGACGUACUCGCACGCUCCGCUCAACCUAUCGUCUGGAGACCAAACUGCUCUGGGAUCAGUCAAAGGAACGUUCCGUGCCAACCCCAAACGACGCCCAUGGGCAGUCAAUAGCACCACCCCCGACCUUUCGUUCACCAUUGCGCAAGAGUUCCACUUUGCAGGCACUCGAGCAAUCCUCCGCGGCAAGUACACCAAUGCCACCUGGGGCAACUCGAGUCAGCCGGCAAUGGUCGUCUAUGAGAUGAAUGUCGAGAAAUACGACAUCGGCCCAGACGGUCUCCAAAUUCCGAUCCAUGUCCUAAACAUGACUCAGCCAUUCUCGGACGGUAUCAUCUGGGACUCGGGCGAGCUGGCAUUUGGGUGCCACUCGUUCACGAUCAUGAUGUAUAGUGGAACAGUCGAGGUUGAGGGACUUGAAGUCCAUACUGGUUUUGUGUCCGACUAUGACACGCUGGACAAGGUGCCCAAGACUACCGUGCACGCGGUCGUGAACGGAACCCGCAACCCAUUCUUCAACAUCCAAGGAGGCUCAACCAUUCGCAGUGAAGUGCUAGGCGACGGGUCGGCCGAUGGAAGCACUGUGCAGUGGGACUCGCUCGACAUCAACAGCACCAUGACGUUCCAGACACCCCCCAACGCGACAUACAUGGUUGUGAAUGGCACCAUGGGCCCAGAGUAUGCUCAGUUCAGCACCUUGAUGGUUCCUAUUCCUCCUGGAGCCCCACCCAUUGCAUACGGCCAAGAUGGAGCCUACACUUUCUCGCCAUAUCGUAAUCCCGGGACCCUCUAUUACACGCCUCUGGACCCCAAGAUCCAAUACACCGUCUCACUUGUGGGCGGCAUCGCGCCGCUGCCGGCAUCAUCCAACCCUAAUCAGGUUUCGCCGUGGCCAACAAAUAUACACAGCGUCACGUUCUGGGCUGGAACUUUCCCUCCAAACGUAACAUCAACCGGCAACUCGACCGACACGCCUGCCCACGGCGAGUCACGAGCCUCGCGAAAUGGAAAGAUCAUCGGCGGAGCGGUCGGUGGUGGCCUCGGCUUCCUCCUUAUCCUAGGUCUCCUGGCAUGGUGUUGCAUCGGCCGCCGCAGGAAGCCAUCUCCUGUGAUCUCUGAUCCUACCCCGUUCGAGAUUGACGGUACUCGGAACGACGGCGCAACCCGCGUUCCCUCGGAUGACGACGACGAGUCGGCAGACAAGGUGCCCGAAGAGCUCACUCCUGCCCAAGUCGCCAAGGCCCGCGAGGCGGGUUUCCUUGGUUCACGCGGUGCCUCCUCAUCCCUCGAGCCUGCUGAUGCCGUCGACUCGCGCUUCUACUAUUCGGGUGGCGCAGGGUCGAGCACUGGAGGUGGCUCGAGCAGCGCGAUGCUGUCGCCGACAUCCACUCAAGUCAACGGCGUGGCAGUCAAAGAUAGUGGAGGCCACGACACCACCGCCAUCCUGGCCGCUCCCGUUCACGGUGGCAAGCGCAUCCAGCAGGCCGAAGAUGGCGGCACUGUCGACGAUGACGGGAAUGUGGUGAUGAUUCCCCCAAGCUACAACCCCUCGUGGGCUAGUCGCGGCGCCCUUGCCGACUCGGGCGCUGUGACCCGCAUGGAAGGCAGCAGCGGUACUAUCGCGCACGUUGCCAUUGACCACGGUGCCGCCGCCGAGGAGGCUGACGAGGCGCCCGAGGCGCCCCCGCCCAUCGUCGCCCCCCGCGCGUCCAUCGACAGCGGGACCUUUGGCCGUGCCAUCUAG